UGUCCGUGUCACGGGUGUGAUAGAAUGCAUCGUUUGAAGUUCGGAGUAGUAUGCACUGUUCAUUAAUCGUUGACAAGUUUUUGUUAAUAAUUGUAUUAAGAACGAUGGAGACAUUAUUACGAACGUUUUUUAGUUAUUAACAAUUGUUUCAUUAGAUGUUAAUUGCAAGUAUUAGAAAUUAUUGAAAUUUGUUUACACUUUAUAUUGAGUGAAACAGAUCAAAAUGUCUAACAGCAGUUCUAAUUCAAGUGAUAGACCAUCACUUUUACGAUCCCCGCAAGAACGUAAAGAAACUUUAAGGAAAAUGAUAACAAGAGCUGAAUCUCUUCAAGAAACAGUUAGUGACAAUACGAUAGGAACUUUGGAAUCAUGCAUGGAAGAAACAGACAACAUAAACUCUGAAACAAGCUUAGAAGAAAAAAUACAUAAUCAAGAAGAAGUAUUACUGGACUCAGAAAUGAUGAGCAUAUCUUCAAAAAUUUUAAAACAAUGUACCCGAACUUUAACAAGAAAUGUGUGUUCUUAUAAUCAUAUAGACUUUGCCCAGAAAGUGGUACAAUAUGUAAAACUACUUCCAGAUUGUGAGCCAGAAUUACCAGAUUGGUCACUUCUAAAGACACAAACUGCAAAAUGUUUUAAAACAACACCUCAAUAUAGCUCAUUAUUAGGUACUUUAGCACCAUUAGAAAAAAAGGAAAUUAAUAAAAGAAAGUCAGUAGUUAGUGAAAUUCCAGCACAGAUAAAAAGACCAAGAAAUGUUGAUACAGUUGAUAAAGAAGAUCAAGGUUUAGAACAAACUGUGAAAGUGAAAGAAUUUAUUACACAAUAUUGUAGAACUCACCAUAAACCUCUCGACUUUUUUCAACUGAUUUUACAUCCAACUCACUUUGGAAAGACAAUUGAAAAUAUUCUGCAAAUAUCUUUUCUUGUCAGAGAUGGAAAAGUAAAAGUAAUAAAAGAUGAUUCUGGAACAUUGGUUGUCCAAUCGUGCACAAAAGAUACGAGAGCAAGGACAAUUCUGAACAUUCAAAAUGUUCUCGAUUUAACCAUGGAUCAAUGGAAGAUGUUAAAAAAUAUUUAUCAGUUGGAAAAACCUAUGAUUGAUUUUGUUAAUGAAAUAUAAUAUUUCAUUUUUAUAUGGCAUAUAAUAAAAAUAGCAGCAUUAUUUUAUACCACGAUC